UCCAUUCGUUAACAUUCCAAAAGCGUAACAUUGUCACGAGGUGUUGGGUAAAUUACUAGGUUUGAAUACGGAAGUUACAUGUUACUGGCUUUGCGUUUAGUUCAGCGCUUGUAUAUAGUGUAACUUCAACACCAGCGAGGAACAGUCGUCUGUCAACGGGGCAGCGAAACGUGCAGUGCACUUUAUAUGUGCAAGUAAAACAAGGAUCUUACUUGCCUGUUCGAGAUUGACCAACAUUUUUAACAUAUUGAUCUUGUUGAAUCGCAGGUUUUUUGCCCACAUUUCGGAUUUGAAAUGGAUGUUCUACCCAUGUGCAGCAUUUUUCACGAACUUCAGAUUGUACACGACACGGGCUACUUUUCAGCCUUACCAUCACUGGAGGAAUAUUGGCAGCAGACAUGCUUGGAGUUGGAACGGUAUCUACAGAGCGAGCCUUACGUCUCAACAACGUCCAAUAUCAAGUUCAAGACGCACGAGCAUGACCUGUGGAGCAAGCUGAUCCUGGCCUGUGGGGAUGAAGCGAUUGACUCCGACUCAAAGAUCCCUCUGGUCAAAGAGGACAAUCAGGAUAGCCCAAUCUUGCAAACCAAAAGUGUAAACUCUGACGCCAACAGCGAAGCAUCAGACAGUUCUGGGGAGCUCACGCAACCACACAAUUUUACCUCAAACCCAAUGGCCUGUUCUGGACCUUUUAGCACUUGUAUCAUUAGCACUCCACCAUCCUCCCCAGAGGUCAGCUCGGAACCCAGCAUCUCACAAGGCUGGGGAAGCGUACACACGGAAUUGCACUUGCCGGUAGAAAUGCAGACAGGCGGCAUCGGGAAGAACUCGGGAAAGACUAGGCUGGACAGUGGAGAUCCAUUGCCGGAUGGGAGGAGACAGGUGCACAGGUGUCACUUCAACGGAUGCCGCAAGGUUUACACAAAGAGUUCCCACUUAAAAGCACACCAGCGCACUCAUACAGGUGAAAAACCAUACAGGUGUUCAUGGAAGGGCUGCGAGUGGCGAUUUGCACGGAGUGAUGAGCUAACUAGACACUUCAGGAAGCACACUGGGGCCAAGCCAUUUAAAUGCAGUCACUGUGAAAGGUGUUUCUCCAGGUCCGAUCACCUUGCCCUCCACAUGAAGAGGCACCUCUGAGCGUCGCGGAGCAAUGUAAGCCAUUUAGUGAAACGAACUAACGCAGCAAAGGGGAAUGUCGUCUCAUAACCAGUCUCAUGGUUGAACUGCCCUUCAGAAGACUGAGCUAGGGGAGCGUGUUCAAGCCAAAGCAUGCCAUUUUGCACCAUACCCAGUGCCUCCGGGAUGGACGAACCCCUUGGAGAAAACUAAUGACAAAAUUAUGGAAGGAAGUAGACAAUUUAAUUGAGGGACUGGAAGGAAUGGGAAAGAGAAGUUAAGACAAAAAAAAUGAAAUUAAUGCAUUGUAUGUGUGGCAUGAUGUAUUGAGGUGGCGCAACUGUCUCCUGGACAACCGAUACACUGGUACUUCACAAAAACUAAGGUAAGCAUGUGUGGACUGCGAAUGUCUGACUGGGUUGACUUGCCAGUGUGCAAAGAGGAGGAAGCAAAGGUCUUAUUGUACCGGUGUUUCUGUGGACUGAAUGGUAUGGGAACAAGUUCUGUUUCCUUGUGGUCGUGAGUACAGGUGUCUGAGGAAAGUGUCUACCUGCCUGUCAAGCAGCAGCGAGACUGAGUUAAUUAUUUA